GACCCACUAUCACCAGAGUAGGAGUUGGCAUAAAAAUGGAUCUCCCGUGUUCAGAGUGGAUGAAGCAUGUUGAGCAGAAAUGGAUCCGGCUAGAAUCAGUGACAAGAGAGCGCUUUUCUGCCUUCACCGAUAUUGACGAACUUUUUCAUUUUGGACAGUCACAACUCCAGCCAGAUGAUCUUGAUGCAUUGUGCAGAAUAUCUCAGAGGUAUCCUGUGUAUAAAUCUUCUGAAUGUGCAGCAAGAUUCAGGGAGCAAGGGAAUGUAAGGUUUAAGAAGAAGGACUUCACUUCUGCUGCCCAGUAUUACUCUCAGGGUGUGUGUUAUGCCGAAAAAAAUACAGAACAGCUAUAUUUAUGCUAUGCCAACCGUUCAGCUGCUUUGUUUCAUCUUGGUCUCUACACUAAAUGCCUGGAGGACAUCCAGCAUGCCUUUGAUGAAGGUUAUCCAAGUCACCUGCAGUGCAAACUGUUGGACAGGCAGACAAGGUGUACAAGUCUGGUUAAAAUGAAGGAAUAUCUAAAAUCUUCUCCAUCUCCUUUUAAUCAGCAGGCACCACAAACCAAUGAGAUUGUGUCAUCUGCAGUGUCUGUUUACUUUACUCCUGAAAAGGGACGCCACCUGUUGACCACUAAGAACAAGUGUGCUGGGGAAAUAGUGAUUGAGGAUGAGGCCUUUAGCUUUGUUCUUAUACCUGCCUAUAGACAGUACAAGAGUGGUAAAACCAGUACAUUCACAACAGAAUCCACAUACUGUCAUCACUGUUUGUGUGAGAAUUCUAACACUGUACCAUGUAGGGGCUGUAGCUAUGCCCAGUACUGUGGACAUAGGUGUGAAACUGAUGCUUGGAUGCAGUACCACUGCUGGGAGUGUUCAGUUGGUUCAGAGCUACUCGCUCUUGGAAUUUUUGCACAUUUGGCCCUGCGAGUUACCCUAAAAGCUGGGAUAAAGGAGGUUCAGAGAACAAGAAAGAGUUGUUGUCAGUCAGUUUAUAAAGUACCAAAAACAACCUUUGCUAGCAGUAUUGGAAAGUCUGACAAUAGCAAGCUUUGCUCCAGUGGAAAAACAUCUGAGAGUCUGGGCUUGGUGUCAGAACCGAAUGUCGGAGGAAUUCUGAGGUCUAAAAGAUGCUCCCAAGGUUUUCACCAAUCAAGCUGUUACCAUGAAAAGUCAUACUUUGGCAUCUACAGUCUGUUACCACAUGUGGAGAAACAUGAACCUAACUUGUGCUUCCUAUUAUCUUUAACUAUGGCAGCACUUAUUCAAAAACUUUCACUAGAAUUGCCACCAUGCCAUGAUGAGGAAAAAGGAAGUGUGUGUUGGGUGUCUGAGAGAAGCCUGUUAGGAGGUACAGCUCUGAGGCACAUGCUGCAACUUCGAUGUAAUGCACAGGCUGUUACAGCAAUCAGUGUUAAAGAAGAUACAGGCCUAACAGUGCAGUCAAGUAAAGAAAUUCGCAUUGCCACAGCACUGUUCCCCAUCCUCAGUCUUCUCAACCACUCCUGUCAACCUAACACAAGCCUCUCCUUCAGUCUGGGCCUGAGUUCAUCUGGCUCUAGUUGUCCAGUGUAUUUUGCUUCGGGAGUUAAAGUAACAGUCCGAGCGUCCAGAGACAUUGCUGCAGGGGAGGAACUGUUACAUUGUUAUGGUCCUCACUGUAGGAGAAUGGAAGUUGAGGAGCGCCAGCACUGGUUGCUGAGGCAGUACUUCUUCCACUGUCAAUGUGCAGCUUGCAAGUUGGAGCUAGCUAAUGGAAAAAGGACAUUACCACUAGAUUUUAAGUGUGAAAAAUGUGGAAGCUUCCUUACGAUGAGUGUGGAUGUGUAUGUGUGUUCAGAAUUGUCCUGUGAUCAUCAAAUCAUGUAUUCAGAGCUGCAGAAAAGAAUACAAAUAAUACACAAUCACUUGGAGCAAGCUUUACAACUCAUGGAGAAGAAUCAAAUAAAUGAUGCCCUAAGUAUCUUGCAGAAAGCAGCCAUUUUGGCGGACAGGAUCUUAAUGAAGGUGCAUCCUCUGCAGGGAGAACUGGCUGAUGCAAUGGCACGAACAUAUGCUACCAUGGGGCUUUGGAUGCAGGCUGCGUCAUAUUUAAAAAUCAGUAUUGCUGCUGUUUGUUCCCAGUAUGGGAAGGACAGUGUGGAGCUCGGAAGACAACAGUUUAAACUUGCCCAGCUAUAUUUCAAUGGAGGAGAUGUGCAGUCUGCUCAUUCGGUAAUACCUUUAGCCCGGCGCCUCCUCUCUCUCCACUGUGAUCCUCACUGUAAAGAGCUCCAUGAGCUGAAGGCUAUGGAGACCUGCCUGCAUAAUCAAAUGUGAUUAGUCACGACUCUCUUUUAGAAACUUAAUAAUUAAGAUGGUGAUGUAAGUAAUACAUUUUAAUGCGAACAUUGUGAUUUUUUUUUUUUUAGCAGGUCUAAUAAACUCUUUGUAAAGACUGUA